UUACGUUUACUCGUAAAUGCAGUCAUGCAUUCAUUAAUAUUUAUGGCGCUGCUUGGUGCAGCGUAUUCUGUACCUCUAAACCAAGAUAUCACAGCAAUGUAUGGGCAUUACCGGCUCCCUGGAGAAUCUUACCCUACGUUCUACGAUGUGCGUCUCUUCAUUGACCCGGACUACGCCCACAAUUUUAAUGGGAGCGUAUCUAUUAGAAUAGUACCGAAUAUUAACACAGAUGAGAUUGUACUUCAUGCUAUGGAAAUGACAAUAAAUAGUAUACAGGUGGUCGCUGACGGCUCCUCUACGAACCUUUACCAUAGUUUCUGGCAAGCUACGGAUGAUACGCAUUUCUUGAGAAUCAAAACGACUGCACCUUUAGUAGCUCUACAACCGUAUACUAUCCAUAUUGAUUAUAUAGCACAAUAUGCUGAGAACAUGUUUGGUGUUUAUUUAUCCACGUUUACUCAAGAAGGAGUUGGUACAGUUAAUCUAGUCACAUCGCAACUGCAGCCAACGUUUUCCCGUCGUGCAUUCCCUUGCUAUGACGAGCCACAUCUAAAGGCUGUGUUCAGAACAACGAUCUAUGCCCCUCCUGCUUAUCCUGUUGUGAGGACCAACAUGCCUGAGAGAACUGAUCUUUCUAAGCCCAACGUACCAGGCUUCCUCAAAUACGAAUUCCAAGACACAGUAGUACAAUCGAGCUACCUCCUAGCAUACCUCGUGUCAAACUUCGAAUAUGUUUCCAACGAACAAGAUCCGAUAUACGACGUUCCCUUCAGAGUGUAUUCCAGACCUGGUACAAGGAAUACUGCAGCAUUUGCUUUGGACUUUGGCCAGAAGAACAUGAUGGCUUUGGAAAAGUACACCGAUUUAAAAUACGCUUUACCCAAAUUAGAUAAAGCCGCUGUACCUGAUUUUGCUGCUGGUGCCAUGGAAAACUGGGGAUUGGUUAUUUACCGAGAAGUCGCAUUACUAGUAACAGAUGGAGUGACCACAACCUCCACUCGACAAAACAUUGGCCGAAUAAUUUGCCAUGAGAACAUGCACAUGUGGUUCGGUAAUGAAGUGAGUCCCAGAAGCUGGACGUAUACUUGGUUGAAUGAGGGAUUUGCCAACUUCUUUGAAAACUUUGGUACAGAUAUGGUGUUGCCAGGCUGGCGUAUGAUGGACCAAUACAUUUUGCUUGUACAAAACGUUUUCCAAAGCGAUGCUGUUCUCAGCGUGAAUCCAAUGACUCAUCCUGUGUACACUCCAUCACAAAUUAUAGGAACCUUUAAUUCUGUUGCUUACCAAAAAUCGGGAUCUGUAAUUCGCAUGAUGCAACACUUCCUUACUCCCGAAGUGUUCCAGAAAGGUCUUUCCAUUUACUUGAAGAAACAUUCCCGCUCUGCUGUGACACCUCCGGACCUAUACGCAAGCCUCCAACAAGCACUAAACGAAUCUAACCACACCAUUCCCUUCGCUCUCUCCACCAUCAUGCAGAGGUGGACUGAGCAAGGAGGUUUCCCGGUUCUGACAGUGAGGAGACAGUCUCCUACUGCGCAAUCUAUUUCUAUUGUACAGCAACGUUUCCUAACUGACCGCGCCUUAUCCUCCAAUGACAUGUGGCAUGUUCCUGUGAACUGGGUUCUAUCUACAAACCCCGACUUCUCAGACACAAGACCUCUAGCUUGGGUAAUGCCCAACAGCCCAGCUUUAGCUGUUGACAUUCCUGGACUCUCAAAUGUUGACUGGUUCAUUGUGAAUAAACAACAGACUGGAUACUAUAGAGUCAACUAUGAUGUUGACAACUGGGUUGCAUUAGCCAAAGUACUUCAAAAUUCCCACGAAGUCAUCCACCUGUUGAAUCGUGCACAACUAAUAGAUGACGCUUUCAACUUGGCAAGAAAUGAACGUCUUAACUACCAAUAUGCAUUCGAAGUGUCCAGAUACUUGGUAAACGAAACCGACUACAUUGCAUGGGGUGCAGCUGACGCCGCCUUUUCUUACCUUGAUGUCGUACUUAGCGGUAGCGACACUUAUCCCCUAUUCCAGAAAUACGUCCUAGAUCUCUCGGCGCCUCUCUUCGAUAAAUUCGGAUUUGUAGCUGGAUCAAAUGAAGAACAUGUUACAGCUUUCCACCGUAACAUCAUCUUGAAUUUGAAUUGUCGCCAUGGAAAUGAGCAGUGCGUCAACCGAGCCCAAGAACUUUUACAAGAGUUCCGUAAUAAUCCUAAUCAACCGUUGAAUGCCGACAUUCAAACGGUAGUUUUCUGCUCUGGAUUGCGUGGAGGAGAUGUGGAUAACUUCAAUUUCCUCUGGAACAGAUACUUGUCCAGCCAAGAUUCUAGUGUCCAGUCAAUUUUACUUAACUCUCUUGGAUGCACAUCUAAUGAAACUUUGCGUAAUUUCUAUAUGAAUCAAGUUAUAGACACAAACUCUGCAGUACGUGAGCAAGACAGACAUAGCAUACUCGUCUCCAUCAUUAAUUCAAGUCCAGCAGGCAUGGAGGCUGCUCUGGACUUUGUUAUUGAACACUUUGCUGCUAUCCAACCAAGGGUACAAGGUCUUACUGGAACAACCAAUAUUCUAAAUACCUUUGCCAGGAGAUUAUCAACCAAGGCCCACUCAGAUAAGAUGGAUACAUUUGUAGCCCGCCACCGGGCUAUCUUCACAGCUGGUGAACUAGCUUCAGUCGCUGCUAUUCGAGAGAAUAUAGCUGCAUCUAUUACUUGGGCCAAUAAUAACUAUGACAGUGUUAAUAGUUGGUUCAACGUUAACUAUGGCAGCAAUUCCGUCGCUCUCACCUCUGGUUUCAUCAUUCUUAUCUCAUUCUUCAUUACCAUCUUCAAUCACUAGAGUUAUGGUAGUAUAGGAUUAUCUAGUUGUAUUUUUACCACCAAGAUUAUUAUUUAAUAUACAGAUCUUGUACAUUAAAUCAAAAACUGUAAUAGAUACUAGGGUAUUCAUAUUUAUAUUAUUUAUUGUCAUUCUGUACAUUAUUGCAAAUAAUACGGUUUAAAUAGGCAU